UUGUUGUGGUGUUGCAGAAAUCCGGCCUUGGAACUGAAGACGUGCGUGCAGCUCGGUUCUUGGGACGUUUGGUUCAGCUUCUGAGGGCGGGGGCGAGUUGACGCGGUUCAGCCUUUGCUUGUCGCUUGGGUAACGAAGAGGAGACGAUUAGGCAAUCUCAGUGAUUUAAAUUCUGUUGAUCUCGAUUUGGGACUCGGACGUCCCCCAAGUCAGCCUAGACUGGGCCUAGAGAAAGUGGACUGGGUCAGGUAUUUAUCCCACAGCUGACUCUUGACCGCAAGUUGAGAGCCGAGGUGCCCUGCGGCAUGGUGGAGACCAACUCUAGCGGACAGGAAACGCAGCUGUAGCAUCUUGCUUUGGGGAGCUCUGUUUCUUAAACCCUUCUGCUUCAGGAGCUGCUUUUAAGUAACUUCUGCUCAGCCAUGUCUCCAGCUCCAGCUCUUUCGUCGGUCUCUCUGUUUGACCUCAGUGCGGAUGCUCCAGUCUUUCGGGGCCUGAGUCUGGUGAGCCCUGCGCCUGAGGAGGCUUUUGCCCGGGCUCUGCGUACUUCCUGUCCAGGGGAGAGGGAAAGCCCAGAAAGAAAACUACUAAAAGGUCAUGUGGAUAUUUCAGAGAAGUUAUUUUGUUCAUCCUGUGACCAGAUCUUCCAGAACCACCAGGAACAGAGGGAACAUUAUAAGCUUGACUGGCAUCGGUUUAACCUAAAGCAACGUCUCAAGGACAAGCCUCUUUUGUCUGCCCUGGAUUUUGAAAAGCAGAGCUCCACAGGUGAUCUUUCCAGCAUCUCAGGUUCAGAAGACUCAGACUCGGCCAGUGAAGAGGACUUGCAGACACUGGAUGAGGAAAGGCCUGAAUUUGAGAAGCCUUACCGAUCCCAAGGCUUCUACCCUCAUCAGGUUCUUUUCCAAAAUGCCCAGGGCCAGUUUCUUUACGUCUACCGUUGUGUCCUAGGCCCUCACCAGGUUCCCCUGCAAGAGGCAGAACUGCUGCUACAGAACCUACAAAGUGGAGGUCCCAGAUACUGCGUAGUGCUCAUGGCUGCAGCCGGGCACUUCGCUGGUGCAGUAUUUCAAGGAAGAGAAGUGGUGAUACACAAAACCUUUCACCGCUAUACAGUGCGGGCCAAGAGGGGCACAGCGCAGGGACUUCGAGAUGCUCGAGGUGGGGUGCCACAUUCUGCUGGAGCAAAUCUGAGGCGCUACAAUGAGGUCACACUAUAUAAGGAUGUUCGUGAUCUAUUGGCAGGGCCAGACUGGGCUAAGGCGCUGGCGGAUGCUGGGACAAUACUGCUGCGUGCUCCCCGCUCUGGUCGGUCCUUGUUCUUUGGAGGCCAUGGGGCACCUCUGAAAAAGGGGGAUCCCCGACUUUGGGAUAUCCCCAUUGUCACCCGCAGACCCACCUUCCAAGAGCUACAGCGUGUGCUCCAAAAGCUGACAACCUUGCAUAUUCAUGGAGAAGACCCUCGAGAAGCAGUCAGGUUGCACUCACCUCAGAAACACUGGAAGACAGUGACAGAGGAGAGGAAGAAAACUACUAAGGGAGAAAGAAGAAAGCCCCCCACUGAUGAAAAUGAGACACAUGGACAGAAUGAAGAAUCUCAGAAACAUGGUUUGAGUUCGGAGUCAGAGGGAGAGGAUUCUUUCCAGGUAGAGUUGGAGGUAGUAGAGUUGACUCUGGGGACCCUGGAUCUUCGUGAGUUUGAGGUGUUGCCCAAGAGAAAGAGGAAAAGAAGGAAUAAGAAGCAGAGAAGUCAAGACCAGGAGGCUGGGGUGAAUAUGACUCUUGCCCAGCAAUUGGAAGAAGAUGGGCCUUUCUCACAGUCAGCUCAGACAGCUGUAGCCCCCUUGGGCCCUUCACUGGAUGACUCCAAGGCACCUGGUCAGCCAGAGCCCUGGGAUGUGCUUCUAGCGGCUUGCCGAGCUGGCGAUAUUGGAAUACUGAAGCUUCAACUAGCUGCUGGCCCUGUAGACUCUGGAGUUAUGUCUCUGCUCAGUGCCCCAUUGGGUGCUGGUGGCUUUACUCUCCUGCAUGCAGCAGCUGCAGCUGGAAGAGGCCCAGUGGUUCGUCUGCUACUCGAGGCAGGUGCUGACCCCACUGUGCAGGAUUCCCGGGCCCGGCCACCUUAUACUGUUGCAGCUGACAAAUCAACACGUAAUGAAUUCCGAAGAUACAUGGAGAAGAAUCCAGAUGCCUAUGAUUAUAACAAAGCUCAGGUGCCAGGGCCACUGACACUAGAAAUGGAGGCACGGCAGGCUACGCGGAAAAGGGAGCAGAAGGCCGCCCGGCGGCGACGUGAGGAACAGCUGCAAGAGCAGCGAGAGCGAGAGGAGCGCGAGCGAGAAGAAAAGCAGCGAUUUGCGGCCCUCAGCGACCGAGAAAAGAGAGCUCUGGCUGCAGAGAACCGACUCGCUGCCCAGUUGGGAGCCUCUUCCCCUCCAGUCCCUGACUCGACAGUUCUCAAUGCUCGGUAUGGGCUGGGGACGCUGCUGGAGUUGUGGGGCAUCCCUCCAAGGCCUCAUUCCUUUUCACUACCUCGACUUCUCUUUCUGCUCCACACGUUGCCUUCAGGAUCAUCGCCGGGCAGGAAGGCCCUCGUCCUGAUCUCUUACAGCUUCACCUGGCGCCAACUCUAGGCUCUGAGAGGGCAUAUUUACACCAACCCUAGGUUUCUUCUUUCCCAUGAAACCAGGGAGUAUUAGGGUGCAGGACACUCAGGAACCAGGGGAAAAGACAGGGCCACAGAGGUGUGUGGAGCUGGUACUAUCUCUGGAACUUUAAUCACAAUAAACUUUGGCAAGGAA